UCGCGGCGCCCACAGUCGAUGUCAAUAUCGUGGGCGGUUAUGAGUGCCGUAAACACGCCGUUCCCUGGAUCGUGUCGAUUAACGUCGGCCACCAUUUGUGCGGCGGUUCCCUGAUCAACCCGCGCUGGGUGGUGGCCGCAGCUCAUUGUGACAGCUCAAAACUCCAGAUUCGUCUGGGCGAGGAUGUGAUCACGGCUACGGAGGGGUCGGAACAGUUCAUCGAAUCGGAGAUGGUGAUCAGACAUCCCAAAUAUGAUUACUACACCAGGGACAACUACAUCACGUUGAUCAAAUUGUCCCGGCCCGCUGCCAUGAACCGUAAUGUGGUCGCCGUUCCCCUGCCCACGCAGUGCGCCCAGACCGGCGACAUGUGUCUCAUCUCCGACUGGGGCCGCACCAGGAACCCG